UUAUCAUUAUGUAUACGUUUUCACGAUCUGAACAAUGUUUCUUUAUUAUAUAUGUAUGCUCCGCGACAGCCACACCUCCAUGAUCUCACUGCUGUAGAAAUCAUUAAUUUCUCUCUCUAAAUCGAAUCACUUCGUCUCUCCAGAGUUCGAGCAUGGCGAUUCCAGCAGGAGCUGUAAUCGUUCCGUUGGGGCUUAUUUUCUUUGCCUCUGGUCUCAUCGUCAAUCUCAUCCAGGGAGUUUGCUUUGUCCUUGUUCGGCCAUUCUCAAAGAAUACAUACCGAAGAAUAAACAGAGCGGUGGCAGAACUGUUGUGGCUCGAGCUUAUAUGGCUUGUUGAUUGGUGGGGAGGGGUUAAGAUUAAACUGUUCACAGAUUCGGAAACAUUUCAAUUAAUGGGUAAAGAACAUGCACUUGUCAUGUCUAACCACAGGAGUGACAUUGAUUGGCUUGUUGGAUGGGUUCUAGCUCAGCGAUCAGGUUGCCUCGGCAGCGCAUUAGCUGUAAUGAAGAAAUCAUCAAAAUUCCUUCCUGUCAUAGGUUGGUCAAUGUGGUUUUCUGAGUAUCUAUUUCUUGAAAGAAAUUGGGCCAAGGAUGAAAGCACUUUAAAGUUAGGUUUUCAAAGGUUGAAGGAUUUUCCUCAGCCUUUUUGGUUGGCUCUUUUUGUAGAAGGUACUCGCUUUACACAGGCAAAGCUUUUAGCAGCUCAGGAAUAUGCAGCUUUGACAGGGUUGCCUAUUCCUAGGAAUGUUUUGAUUCCUCGCACCAAGGGUUUUGUUUCAGCAGUACAUCAGAUGCGCUCAUUUGUCCCGGCCAUUUAUGAAGCAACAGUUGCUGUCCCUAAAAGUUCAUCUCCUCCUACAAUGCUAAGACUCAUUAAGGGGCAGCCAUCUGUGAUACAUGUGCACCUCAAGCGGCACUUGAUGAAGGAUUUGCCUGAAACAGAAGAUGCUGUCGCCCAGUGGUGCAGAGAUUUGUUUGUGGCCAAGGAUAAGCUAUUAGACAAACAUAUAGCUGAGGACACUUUUGACGGCCCGGAACAGGAUAUUGGUAGGCCAAGAAAUUCUCUAAUUGUCAUUCUCUCAUGGGCAUGCCUACUCAUUUUGGGGGUCGUGAAAUUCCUUCGGUGGACUUCACUUCUGUCCUCAUGGAAAGGUAUUGCAUUCUCGGCGAUUGGAUUGGCCGUUGUGCUGAUCCUUAUGCAGACCUUGAUCCAAUUCUCUCAGUCAGAGCGCUCGAAUCCUGCCAAGGUUGCCCCGGCAAAGCCCAAGAACGGAAGAGAGCCUUCAGGAAUAGGACAAGGUAAACAAGAGUAACAACAGUUCGCAGCCUGUUUACCAAAUCACAGUAGUUGGCACGUUAAUCUUUAAUUCUCUAUAGCUUUGUGUAGCACCUGUAUGUUUUAGAAAAUAGUCUCCUAAAAUGGAUGCCUUCGUUUGAAGUGGAUGUAGUCCUUUGAUUUCCAUUCAGAUGGGUUAUAUUUGUGCAUCUAAAUCUACACCACCCUUUGGUAA